AUGAGGGCUCCGGACAAGUCGAAGGCGAAUUCCACUGGCAAUUCCAGCGAAGCUUGCUGCCUGCCCACCUGCAGCCAGGUGACAUGCGAUCCCGGCUUCACUUACAACGAUCUCACCGUGGACCAGCCCGGCAGCACGAAGCAGGAGUGCUGCGUCAAGACCUGCGAGCUCUUCGAAUGUGAUGAGCAGCACGGGUGGGAGAUCCCGGCGAAGAAGCGGCACCGCAAGGCGGACAAAGCUGACGACUGCUGCGAGCCACUUUGCCGACACCAUGAGUGCGGCGCUGGAUGGUCCAAGGAUGUCAGCAAGGACGACUUGUUUGACCCUUCCGAUGAGACCUGCUGCUUGAUGCAAUGCCAACAAGUGCAAUGCCCGGAGGGCUGGACGGCGGAUCCCGCAAAGCGUAAUGAGAUCAGCAGCUCGGAGGAUUUUUGCUGCUUGCCGCCCUGCUCAUCGCAUAAUUGCAGCAUUGCUGGUUAUGCCAACGCUGGAGCUGGUGCCUUCGGCCGGAGCAACGGCGAGUGCUGCCAGAAGACCUGCAGCCUCCACAGCUGCUCCAAGGGCCUUCGGGCGGUGGAGGGCCGAUCUGCGCUUAGCCCCAGCGACGACGAGAGAUGCUGCGAGCCCGAAGGCUGCAGCAAGCUGCGGAGUCUCACAAAGCUGAGCGACGGCACCUGCAACUCGCUGUCCAAGGAGGAUUGUGACUCCCACUACUACGGCAGCUUUGCCAAGUCGGAGAACAAGACCAUAUGGGCGCCCUGCAGCUUCGACUUCGGCUACAACUUGUGCCGCCUUGGCACUGAGUUGGUGGGCUGUGCGGAGUGA